UCAGUAGUGCGAAGCUAACGGUAGCGCGAGGACACAACAGCACACGCAACAGCCGGUUCUGUUCGGGUGUCUACCCCUCUCCCUCCCCCACGGCGCCAUACGCCACACGGAGCGCGUUCGCGUUAGUAGACACCGGAGUGAGCUGCGUGUGUGCGCUAAAAAGAGAGUAAGAGCGAUCGGGAGCGCGAAGGAAAAAGAUAGUGCGCAAGAGCGAGAGAGGCUGUGGCAACAUCCUCCAUCCUCGCAUGUAGAGUGUAGAGCGUACCGGCGUGUGUGCGCGCGCGCGCAUGCACCCCCGUGAGACGUGAGAUGAGCGCGCGAUUCCGGCGCGGUUUUCCCGAUCGUACGAACCGCGUGUUUUGGUGAGCUGUGUCUGUCCCCAUUGCUAGCUGUCAAACGGGGGCCCUUUUUUCGCCCCACUGUUUUCCGCGUGCGUGUGUGUGUGUGUGUCUGUCUGCAGCAGUUCGGUCGCGCACGGUGCGCGCUUAUUGUGAUUGUUGUGUGCACCACGUGUGUGCAUCGAUAUUCGAGAUUGUGGUGCGUGAUACGUCGUCAGAAGAAGAAGAGGAAGAAGCAGAAGAAGAAUAAAAACAGCAUCCCCUCCCUCGCCCCCUUUCCCACUCGUUUAUUAAAAACCGCGGAUCAAAAGUGUCUGCUGGGAGGAUUCCACCGCCCCGUGCGCCGAGACGGUGGGAGUGCGCCAUCUUGGUUGCCAUUCGCGCGUCCCGCCGUCGCCAUCGCGGUCGCGCAAUUUUGUCGUGGCAUUCGACGGCCUUUCCUCUGUCUCCCUCCACCCGGUGUCCUGUUGUCGCGUGUGAGUGUGUGUCCCAGUUUAUUAUUAGACCUCGUGAGUCUCGUGAAAGCCGGCCGAAAAGUGCGCGCACCCCGACAGCACCAGUGUACGGGUACGGUACCGGCAGAGCGUAUUUCUGUGUAUUUGUGUGUGUGUUCCUCAAUGCAAGCUGCCCCCCCCCCCCCUCUCUACAGCUGUGUGCCAACCAGCAGAAGCGUCAAGUGCGUACGGGUACUUCCCGGCCCUGCUCCGCCCGAAAGGGGUACAAUAAUUUGCAAUUUCAUAUGCAAACUAGCGGAUGCACUUGCACCAGUUGCGCGACUGUCUGUGUGUGUAUGUGUCCGUGCAUAUCCGUGCUGGCGGGUCGUGAUUUGCAUUUGCGGUUUGUGCAGGAACCCAUAAUGCGGUCUCGGUGUCUGGUGGCGUGUGCGCUUCGCUGAGACAGAAAAGGGCCAUUCUGGGUGUCGCCGUCGUUCGUCGUUCAGGUGUUGUGGCCUUCGCGGCAAAUGUGUGCUCCAGCGGCUAGCUGGAGCUAGCUGAAAGUAGUGAGCGGAAAAGUGUGCGCGUGUGUUUGUGUGUGUGUGAGAGCUCGUUUUAUUCAUCACAAGUGCAACUGACCCAGCGAGCGAACGGGUGCGCGCGGUGCCGUUCCGGUACACCACAUCCGGUGCGGAACUUUGUGCUCACACACGGGAAGCUCGGUGUAGGUGCGUGUGUUUGUGUUUUAGAACGUGUUGGAAGUAAUGGUCAUCCAUGAUAAACAAGUGCUGAAAAGUGAAACAACGCAAACAAACAAACAGAAGUCUGCAAACAAAUAAGCGUUACAGUGUGGGUUUGAAGUAAAGUUUUGUGUAAAGUAAAGUAAUAAACAGUGAUCAAAUACAACUUAAAUACAAAAAAAAGUGUUAUUUAAAGUACAAAAUUUGACAAGUGAAAAGUGCACACUGUGUACAAGAAAAAGGGGAGUAAAAAUAACAAGGUUCAUUUUCGUAGUGACAACUGCCACCGGAAGCACCGGGUGUCGCGGGCGGAGGGGAGCCCCGGUUUAGUGCGCGUGCAUCCUCCUUUCCGGUUGUGCGUGCGUGGUCGGCGCGUGAUGGUGAGGUGCACCGCCGGGUGGCGAACGGCAGCCGUGGGUAGCUGUGGUGGCAGUGGGUCACCCCAACGGUGAACACCGGUCGUCGCAGUGGCCCCCCAGAAUGUGUCCAGUGGUGCCGCGGGGGCCAGCCGAGCGUACGGGCUCAUACUAAUGCUGCUGACUUCACUGCUCUCGUCGGCGUGUUCCCUAGCGGUGCCAUCGGCGGCACAGAAACACUACAGCGGCAGCGGAGGCGGCGGCGGUGGGUUCAGCGAUCAAAACCACGGCACACUGUUCGCCCCAUCACCAUCAACCGUCGGCACCACACCGUCCACCCUGACGCUCCUUCUCGUGGUGCAGCAGCAGCAGCCGCCGGAGCGGAAGCAGCAUGGCAACCACCGGCGACCCGCUGAGCCGGCCGCUGCUCUCGGAGCAGACGGGCAGCACGAGUACGGCCAGCGGCCCGACCAUCCCGAUCUGUACAAUCUUACCCUGACGGCGAUGCGCCAGUACCUGCGCAACCACCUGAACGCGUCCCGGUACGGGAAGGCACCGCGCAAGCGCUCCCAUCUGCACGUGGACGCGGUGGACGUGGAGUUCUACCGGCGGUUCAAGGAGUUCAACACCAGCCAGGCCGUGCUGGAUGGAGUGGCCGGUCUGGGGUCGUAUGCGCUCGGUCCUACCCCGAACGGUUCGGUCGGGAUCGGCACGGACACGGCGGAUCGCGAUGGUCCAGCGGAACCGUUGCCGAGCGUGGUGAACGUUACGCCCGUGCCGGUGGUGUCCUCGUCGGUGGCACCGCCGGCCACUACCGGCCAGCGCGAUUACAGCGUCCUCAUGGACGAUCCGCGCGGCUACAUCACGGUGUCCUCCUCGUUCCCGUUGCGGCCGGGCAAAACGUCCACCACUUGGAACUCCACCUUCGCCCAGCACAGAGGCUACAUCUACUGGUUGGUGUCGUUCUCCGUGCUCUGCGCCCUGGUCCUUGGGCUGUUCGGCGUGUUUCGCUGCCUGCGCGCGACGACCACCGGUACGCGAGCGACCGCCGAAGCGCUGACGCUGCCGAUCCAGUUCCUCACCGACGAUCUUGCUCCUCUAGACGCCAACUUGAACCACCUGCCGGUACCCAUGCUAUCGGUACAGUCACCGGGCUGCGCGGGGAUGGAGCGGCUCGGCGUUCCUGCCCGCGGUUCCAUCGGAUCACCACCGUUAAGGAACGAACGGGCGGGCUUCCAUCACCAACAGCAGUCACAACAGCAGCAACAGCAGCAGCAGCAGCAGCAACAACAAUCGCAACAAACUCCACAACAGCAGCAACAGCAGCAGCAGUCAGCGCAACAGCAGCAACAAUCGCAGCAAAACCACCACCGCCAUCAUCAUCAUCAUCACAAUCACCAUCAUCAUCCACACCAGUAUCAUCAGCAGACGGCGGUGGCGUCAUCCGGGCACAGCAACCUGCGGUUCAGCAGCAGUGAUCUGAUACUGAGCAGCACCACCAGUAGCAACUUUCGCAGCAACAACCACAAUCAAUCCUAUCUGUUCAUUCCGCACCAAUCGAACAACGUCGGUGGUGGUGGUGGUGGUGGUGGUGGUGGUGGUAGUAGUAGUGGUAGCAGUAGCAUCAACUACAAGACGCACUAUAGCAAUAGCUCGUACGGUGGCAGUAGCAUCGGCAGCUCGGCCAGCUCCAACCCGGUGACGACCGGCUUCCCGCACUGCAUCUACCAUGUGCCGCUGCCGGACGGGGAGUUUGGACCGGAUCGGGACCUGCGGAUACGGACACCGUGCCAGCAAUCGGAAAUACCUCGAACGUACGUGAAAGCCCCACCGAACAAGACCGUGCGUGACGUGCCCGUGCAGUACCAGUCGACGGGUGGGAUCACGACGCACGGCACCACCACCACCGCCACCAUGACCGGUACCGGCGGCAGCUCCAGCCUCGCCAGCUCCAUGGUGGACGUCGGGAGCUACUACGGCAGCGCGAAGACAAUCGCCGGACGGCCGGCGGGUGACGGUGGCCGUCUGGCAGCGGCCACACCCGGGCCCAGUUUAGGCGGUGGCACCACGAACAGCGCCACCUGUCAGCAGAAAUCGGUCGACAAGCUGCAGAAGAUUUUCCGGUUUUUGCCAGGUAAAGCCACUAAAUCUUCCACUUCAUCAUCAUCAUCGUCGUCCUCCUCGUCGACGUCGUCGUCGUCGUCCUCUGCUUCCUCCACCUCGUCAUCCUGCGGCGGUGGCAUGAAGCACGCCAGUAAUAUUAACAACAAUCAUCAAGGCGCUGGCACGGGCGUGCUGCCCGGCAGUAGCCACACUAGCAGCACCGCCAGUCUCAACAACAACAACAACGUCGGCGGCGGCGGCGGCGCCCUCGGUAGCAUAAGCGGAUCCUAUGGACCUAGCAGUAGUAGCGUUAUUAGUAGCAAUCACGCCAACAACAAUCGCGUCGGGUGCGGUGUUGGCGGCAGUAGCGGUAGCAGCGGCGGCGCCAGUAGCGCUGGCAGCAACAUUCGAGUCGAUGGUCGCGGCGGCUUAAGCUUAGCGGCGCCCGGUGCCGGCAUCCACAAUCACAACCAGCACUAUCGAUCUCCUCCCACGCCGGCGGUGGUGGCGGCCCCCUCACCGACCUCCUCGUCGGUGUCCUCCUCGUCCACGGCGUCCUCCCCGACAUCGUUAAGCGGCGCGAGGCCAUCGGAAGCGACCGGCCCGGGCGCGGAACCGGGCCACGCACCCUUCACGAUGUGACCGACGGUAAGCGGCGGCGGCGGUGGUGGACGACGCAUCGUGGGCAGUGCAGUGAGCAGUCUUUGAAUUAGGCCUGCCUUCGCGCGCAUCAUCUUGCCCGAUCGUCGCAUCCUCCGUCGUUGGCCGCAGCCGCUUAGUGUCGUACCCCAAUUAUUUAGCUAAUCGAUGUCGUGAUACUAUUUGUGAUGAAGAGUUAGAAAUGGGCAUGGAGUGACGGGCUCUGGAGUGUGCUGGUCGUGUUGCGGUGGCAAUGCGGGAUUGGGCUGCUAAAGUAAGGGAUGGACUGGAUUGGGGCAAGCAAACAAAAGCUGUCAAAUAGCAUUGCGGGUCGCAACGAAUCGAAAGGCCAAGUACAAAUCUUAGCUCUACUGUGACGGCGCGAGCGUGUUGAUCGUUUUCUUCGGUAACGGUAACAAAUAGGAUCGUUUGUAACGUGUAACGUCUGCUCCAUUUUGUAUUGCACUGUGACCGAUACUAGUCAUAGAAUUGUAACUCGUGGAAGGUGCCUUUCCACGAUCUUACCUUGGUCGUUGUGUUCUACGGCAAAGCGUGUCCUACACGCGCCCACUGGAUGUUUUUAUUCGUGAAAUCUUAUUCAAACUAAUGUAAAAAAAACCCCCAACAUUGAAACAUGGGAUCGAUCGUUGAGAUUGAUUUUUUGUUGUUGUUGUGUUUUGCUCCUUACAACUCUCCCCUAUCGAGCUCAUGAGCCUGCUUCGAAGCCUCAAAACCCGCGUCACAGCAAUGUUUAAAUAGGAAGUAGCAAAUAUUAAUCGUAGAACAUGUAACAAAAACACACACAUACACACGCCGCUGGAACUAAUUUAGUCCGCUCUGACCAUAUACUCUUGUAUUGCCCAGUGACAACAUAAACAUAAACAUAAACAUAAACAACACAGCCUGAAGAAGAUUAGGCAGGAGGCUGCACACGGGCCAGCAUUAAACAGCGAUGAAGGGAAGGAGCAGUACAUUUAAAACAAAGGAAAGAAAGAAAACGGUAAAAAAAAAGUAAAUACACAACAAGAAUCGAGCUGUACAUUUUAUGCGCGUAUCUUAAGAUUUCUAAGCAUAACUAAACUACAAAACUAGAUUUUUAAAAGCAAACACCAUAGGUAGAGAGAGCGAGGGAGAGAGAGAGAGAGAGCGAAAAAGGAUGAAAGGAAAGAAUUAGAUGGAAACGGUAGAAAGGAAACGAAACGCGAACGGAUUGAACCGAAUGGGAGUAAAGGAAGGGAAAAGAAGGUGAACAAUAUUGUAAAAAAAAACUAUUAUAAAUUAAACUAAAACAAACUUCGAUGUGCAACAACACGCCCUAUGCGGUUUAGGAGAGCGUGAGCGAGCACAGCAUUGAAAAGGGGGCGGGAAAGAAGUACGAGACGUACACGCGGUUUAUUUAGUCGAAAUCGAGCGCAAGAAAGGGAAGAGAAAACACGUGGAAAAAAGCACACACCCACUCAAAAAUACACUUAUACCAGGUGGCAACCAACAAGUAAACCAAUGAAUAAAGGGAAAAAUAAGCGCGAACCAGGGCCGCGUUAAAGGAUAACUAUGUGUGUGUGUGUGUGUGUGGUUGGGAUGCGUCGUUGUUGCGUUUGUGGUGUGAUUCGAAAGAAAGCGUGCCGACGACGUCUGUCUCUCACUUUCUCACUCUUCCCCGACAGACGGGCGCGUUCCUGGCGGACGGCGAAAGGAAGGACGAACUCUAUGAGCAGGUGUGUACGUGUGUGUAUGUGUGUGCGUUAAAAUGUGUGUGUGUGUUUGUGUGAUGGAAUGGAAUCUAGCAAAAAUGUUCUAUUUGUUAUAAGUUGUAUUAUUUAAGUAAAUCAAUUUGUCACUUGCGAGAAGUAUAGCAGAGUGUGGGUAGGGAUGGUGAGUGUGAACCAUGUUUGCAUGUUUUUUUCGUCCUAUGCGUGAGAGUGUGUGUGUGUGUGUGGUAAAACAGUGAGAGAGAGAGAGAGAGAGAGAGAGAGAGAGAGAACGUUAGGGAAAGAGCAUAAGCAUUCAUAGGCGAAAUAGUGGCGAGUCAAUCAAAGAUAAACAUUAUUCAUAGACAAAUAUGCCCAAAACUACAUACAUUUGCUCACAACAGCACACAUAGAACUGCAGCAUGCAAUGCUGAUCGAAGAAUAAUAACACACAUACACACACAAAACACAGUGUAACUCAAACGUAUCGCUUAGUAAUCGCUUAGUAAACAGAAGCUCCUUAGGAGGUUGAGGAGGCAAGGCAUUCGAAUCAAUAGUCAUACAUGUUCUGCAAUAAACAGGAAACCGAAGGAUAAUAAUAACGAAAUACUAACUACCACCACUACUGGCUACUACCACAACAACAACUACUACUACUAUUCAUUACUGUUACUAUCAAUAUUGCUGCAUUGUAUUACCGGAUAGAGACAGUUGCCGCAAAGCCAUUUACCAACAACAGCAAAAUACAAUAAAACAAACUACCGCUUCUGCUACUAUACACAAAUGCUCGCUCGUAAUAAAAAAAAACCUACAAUUUGUGUGCCACAAAUGUUCACCUCAAAUUGCAAACAAAACAGCAGCAGCCACAAACACUAACUGCCCCUGCAAAACGGGGUCCACUGAAUGCAUACAUUUUCCUCACACAACAAAACAAUAAAUGAAAAUAGCGCAACAAAACCAGAGAGUAGUGAAACCAGAAAGCGAAGAAUAGGAUAAGAAUAUAGAAGGAGUAACAAACACAACAAAACAAAACAGAAGGUAAAACAAUGAACAACAGAUCAGUGUUUGCUCUCCGCAGCGCCAACUACAGCGAAAAAAGCGAAACUAAAACUAUCUUUUAGCUAAAUAAUGUGUGUACUAAUGACUCUUGUGCAAACACCUUUUUAUUUAGCGAAUGCAACAACCACGCAAAAAAGUAACAAGAAGAAGAAGAAGAAAAAACCGCACACCAGGAAUCCACUAUAACUACUACCACUACUACUAAUACUACUUACGACUACUACUAACUACUACAACUACUUGGCUGGGAAUGUGUAAUCUUUCUAAUAGUAUGAAAAUGUGUGAAGCACCAGAACCAGCAAAAUGAAGAGAGAGAGAGAGAGAGAGAGAGAGAGAGAGAGAGAGAGAGAGAGAGAGAGAGAGAGAGAGAAAAACUGCUGAACAGGGAGCUGAAGAGUUUUAAAGAGAGACGUUUAGUAUCUUAACUAUUAUAGUUUCAAUUAGCAUGGAUUAUUGUCAGUACUAAUGUUAUUAUUUAAAAAGGGGAAAGAGGUCCCUUACAAACUAAACCCCCCCGUGCAUGUCAAACAGGCUCGGUGAGUGUGGUGUAAAAAAAAGCAAAACAGUGAAACGGCUCUAGCGAUAAGAAAACAGGCAUAAGGGAAAGUCAACAGGGUGGAGUGUUUGAGAUAGGAAAAUUUGUAAAACAAGUAAAGCAAGUAAGCAGCAAGGGCGACAAAAAAGAAGGAGAACGGUUCGUCCACGGAACGCGCCUAAAUGUAGGCAAUUGCAUUAACACUUCCUUUUGAAUGUAAGCAACCGAUGGGGACGGUGUGUUUGUGUGUGCCUGUGCUGCCGGGAGUGAAUAUAGGGACAGAAAUGGAAUGUGUUCUUCACACACAUGCAUGCACACCAGGUAACGAGAUAAACAAAAAAUAUAUUUAUUGUGUAGACCCCGUUCUUUUUUUGUUUCUUAUUUUAAUAAUGAUGGGUAACAACAGUAAUGCAAAUGUGUUUUAUUUUAGAUCAAAUGGUUAGAAGUAGCCCGAUAGCGAGUGAGAGAGAGAGAGAGCAGAUCAGGGUUCACCAUGUGUGGCUUAAUUUGCGCGCGAGUUUGGACAGCUUCAGGGGGAGGGGUUGAUUGUUUGUAGACAAACGAGCAGAAAAGAGCAGCAAGAUUUGAUCUGUUGCAUAGUGAAUUGGAAAAUCCAAACCCUUGAAACUGGGCCAAUCUCAGCAAAACAAAAAAAAGGCGCACAUAACGAACCUUGUAGCAGAGCGGUGAGCAGAGCUAGGUGAAAUGUGCUCGUAACAGAGUUGACAGGCCGGUGCGUGUAGUGAAAGUGAAUGUAUGACAAAUUUGUGAUAAAUAUUUAUUUAACGAAUGAUUAGUAUCGACAUUUGAUGAUUCGAUGGUGGUCAGCAGCAUGUGCCAGGAGGUAGUAACGAGGGUGUAUGCGGAAGAGCGAAGGAGGAAUGAUUGGAAUCCCAUAAAAGAUGUAAAACGGCGGACGAGAGAUCAACUUGAUCAGCGAAAUUAACGAGGAUUACUUAUUUGUUUUGUUUCACGUCGAUUACAGGCUUCCUUUCCAUUUUAUAACGGAAGGACUUUCCUUUUUUAUUCAUUCACAAAAAUAGGCAUUGGAUCUUGCCUGGUAGCGAUUAAAGUUCACAGCGUUCCACAGCACACAGCGCAAUAGUAGUAAAAGGCAGUAUCAAUCUUACACCCCGCCGUGCAACUGCUGUUUAGCAGGAAAACAUCAACAUAUUUAAAUCGGCAUUAAACUUGGAACUACCGACAGAGAAAGAGAGCAAGAGACAUGAUCGGAAAGGGAUGCAGCAGCGUGCAGAGUAGAGAAGAUGAAAAAACAAUGGAAAAAAGAAACUGAAAUCGAAAUGUGAUAAAUGGUAACGGAAUGGAAAAUCGAAUGUACGUGUGCGUAUGUGUGUGUGUGUGUGUGGGUGUUUGUAUGUAUGCUCACAGCGUCACGUGCUUUCCCAUUGCACAGUGGAGCGGUGUGUGUGUUCAUUGAAAGCUCUGGUGUUCAUUAAUUCAAUAAGGGUGUGUUUAGCAACAUGUGGAUGUGACGACAAGGGUUGAUGCAAAAGCGAACCCUUCCAGUUGCGGAAGAGCAGUCGCGCGGUCCAAUCAUUCUUUGCAUAGGCAUCGAUAGAAACAACAAGAAAGAUCGAAAAUGAUCUAUAGAAAAGAGAGGAAAAAAGGACCAGAUUGUGCAACAUGGAUGUGUGUGUGUCCUGUGUUUCUGUCUGUGUGUACUGCGCGUGCAAGCGGGAAGGGGCUGAAGCGAGUUUCUUCGGCUACGGUGAUGAUGUUUAAACUUAUCCUAAUCGAAUCGUUGUUUUUUUGAUAGCGUAGACUAAAUAAUUAAAUCCGUGUUCUGUGCAUCAGGCUAAUCAACGCAAGUGAGCUGAGCGGGAGAGAAAUAGAGCAAGAAAAACAGAAAGUUUGACGCUAAAAAGAAUGAAAAAUAAUUAAAAAAAAAAAAGAUGAACCAAAAAUUUGAUAUAACGUGAACGUGGGAUGAUGAGAAAAAUGACAGAAUAAUCUCUUAUAAAUAUGAAUAUGAAACAGAAAGGAAAACAAUACAGCAGAAGAAGAAGAAGAAGAAGAAGGAGGAAAAAAAUACAUAUUAAGAAUCGAACAUACAACUAAAGGAGAGAAAAUAGACAGCAACCGUAAUCGUGUAACGCGUAACGCUUCCCGCGAUUACGAUCAAUCCCUUCAAACCAGGCAGCAGAUAAAGCAGACUUCCACAUAAGCGCUGGAGCGGCCCCGCAAGUGCUUGGCUUGGCUCUCUGUUCCUGUUUCGUUUUUAAUUUGAUGCUUUUCCGUACUUCUUUGUAAAUGGCGUCGUUUGAUUUCAACCAUUUCCUUCCGGAGCGGGGUGUAGCUCGAGGGGCGUUUGUUACCGAUCAUUCAAACGCAGUAAGUGUCCAAUAGCUUUAUACAAACGAAUGAUAACUCAAGUAUGCAUACCAGGACCAGGCGGGGAGAGGUGAGGGGUGGAAUUGAUACUUUUGUGUGCAGAAUAGAGAGAGAGAGAGAGAACAAAAACAAACAACCACAAGAAAUGUUGUUUUGUGCAAGCAACUGAAACAAUAGAGCAAGGAAAACAAUAAUGAUUCAGAGCAGCAACACAAAUAGAUAUACAACAGGUGACACGAUACAACAGUUAUAGCACAAUUAUGUAGUGUAACGUAAGUAUGUAAAGCAAAGCUAAUCCAACACACUCACACAUAAGUGAAAGAGCAGGAACAUAAUAAGAAAUGAAUCCAAUUAAAAAUACAACAGGAAAUAAAGUGGAAAAAAACAAACUAGAUAAAAGCUCGUUCCUUUUUGUGCAAAGAAUCACACCAGCAAAUGUUAAGCAGAGUUUAGGUUAAACGCUACAAAAUACAAAUAACCCAUCUGUGCGCGAGGGCACGCCCUCCACAGUACCACGUAAACACAGAACCAGAACCAGAGUUCCGAAUGCUUUUACCGAUACUAAUGCGCAGAGCAAGGCAGCCCCAUAUAUCAUUCGGCCGGGCUAGUACAGUCUCCACCCGCAAGCAGUGGCCACUCGGCGUGUAAGCACAAGCAUGUAUGUAAAUAGUGUACAAAUAGUGUAUCCAAAACAUAACGAAAAGAAGAAGAAAAAAAACGACUACAAUAUAGAGGCGUAAGCGACGAACGCGUUGGCCCCGUGGAGCCGCGUGGGAAAGACAUUUUAAAGCAUGUGGUGCAUGGCGCGUGUUACAAACAAAGCGCAAGCAAUUUUAUUUAGUGAAGCCUUCAUCUAAAGCAAGCCUUCGUAUAAACAGACACUUACACGUACACAUACAUACAUAGACAUACGUACACACAUACGACACUCUGCAUCACGUUGGUUGGUUGCUCGUUUUAUCGCGUUUUGUGUUCUGACUCCUUUCUGACUCCUGUUCGGCGAUCGGUUUCCCAUUUGUUUUACAAUACUAAAGAAAUGCAUUAUGCAAGUUAUGAGAGAGAGAGAGAAGGGAGAGAGAGAGAGAGAUGUGCGUGAUCCCUGUGGUGAUGGGCAGGCAAAGUGGGGAGUUUUCCGCGUGGUAGCAGUAGUAGCUCGAAGCCGCAAAAUGCAAAUAUAUAUAGUUAGGGAAUGAGAUGCGCGUGCGAGUAUAUGUGUUUUAACUGUGAGUCCAGCAAAAGUCCAAACGAAGGAGAGAAAAAGGCGAGGUUGUGUGGUUGCGAUGGUGAUGGCGCAUUAGGAAUGAAUGUGACUAAGUAAGCAGCACUCAACACUCUAGGAAGGACAUGCAUGAAUUGUAUGUGCGUGUGCGUCUGUGUGUGUGUCAUAGCGAUCAAUCGAAGGGAAGAAGCGAAAUGGUGGUGUGCGCAAAAGAAAAUCAAACAAAUCAUAUUUAUUACGUAUUGGGGAAGUGUAGGGAAAAGGUGUGCGUGAUACACUCGCUAAGAUACCGUGCCACACAACUGCGUCAUUUGGUUGGUCGGUCAAGGGCCACUCCAUGUGCGUUCGUGUGUGUGUGUGUGUGCAGUUGUGGAACGGGACUAUAUAUAUUGAAUAUAUAUAUUACUAUUAUUCAUAUGAGUAAUACUAAUAACAAUAGUACUAUUGAUAAUAAUGAAAAAAGGUAAUAUUAAUAAUAAUUAUAAUAACAAACAAUAUGGAUAUGAUGGUAAAUGAUAAUAAUGGAAAAACAGAAAAGUAACUAAAUAAUUUAAAGAGAAAAUAAUAAAUAAUGAAAUUAACAUUCCCCAA